CUGCAAAAGCACAAAACAACGAUGGUUGAUCUUUCUCACGUCAAGCUUCAUUACUUUGAUUUUGGCAAUGUACCAACGGAUUGUGGACGCGGCGAGAACAUCAAGUUACUGCUCGAAGACGCUGGUAUUUCACACGAAUAUAUAUUGCACAAGUGGCAAGACUGGCCAAAGGUGCGCGACGAAUGGAUCGCGUCCGGAUACACAGCAGGCUCUUUACCUGUGAUUGAGACAGCCGAUGGAAAGCGAUAUAGCUGUACUACACCAAUCGCGCGUCUGCUGUCUAGGCAGUUGGGCAAAUACUAUGGCAAAAAUAUUGAUGACGAGCAUCUAGUGGACUCUGUUGCUGAUCUUGCCCAGGAUUGGUAUUAUAGAUUUGCAUUCGAUUCGUGGCUUCGACCUGACAAUCGAGAAAAGCACCUCCAAGAGGAUGUUCCCUUUCAUUUGCAGAGACUCGAGCGGUAUUAUGAACUUCGAGAUGGCCCUUAUGUUCUUGGCUCCGAGAUCUCCUUUGCCGACUUCCAGACCUAUCAUAUGAUUACUGACGAAAAGCUCAAGCCAAAAGAUCUUCCGCCUCGUCUGGCAGCAUUGGUCAGAACCAUUGAGGAAAGGCCUAAUAUUGCAAAGUACAUGAAGAAAUGGAGCAAAAGCCAAUAAAGAACACAUUUUCUGCUUUUAUCGUAGCGUGCCCGCUUGUGUAACGACGAAGGGCUGUUUCAUUAACUUGGCUACACAUGAUGGAAUAUCUAGUUACUUUUCAUUAAAGCAACAUGAGUAUGAUUGGUACGAGCAUAUAAUAAAAAGAGAUAUGUGUACACUGAAGAAAAGGAAAAGGGAGGAAUAGUGAAGCUAUUGUGAAAAGGUACUUGAGCCAGAUAACAAGUAGUACUGCUCUCGUCCCUCCUUGUAAAAAACUUGAUUAGCAUAAUUCUGUCAAAGCAAUGAAUUCCAGAAACGGUUUGUUCUUACGCUUGGUGAAGCUUGGCAUGGAAGUGUGAAAGGGUGAGG